ACAUGACCUAACCAAAACCAGACUUGCCUAGCCCUUCGAGUUUAGCCAGUUAGGUCAAGUAGAAUGCGUUGAGCUCCCUCAGUAUCAGAACUUGUGUGGGGAACUCUUCACUUUUGGCCUAACCAAAACUAGACUUGCCUCGCUCUUAGAGUUCAGCCGGUUAGGUCAAGUAGAAUGCGUUGGGCUCCCUCAGUAUCAGAACUUGUGUGGGGAACUCUUCACUCUUGGCCUAACGAAAACCAGACCUGCCUCGCCCUUAGAGUUCUGUCGGUUAGGUCAAGUAGAAUGCGUUGGGCUCCCUCAGUAUCAGAGCUUGUGUGGGGAACUCUUCACUUUUGGCCUAACUAAAACCAGACCCACCUUGCCCUUACAGUUCAGCCGGUUAGGUCAAGUAGAAUGCGUUGGGCUCCCUCAGUAUCAGAGCUUGUGUGGGGAACUCUUCACUUUUGGCCUAAUCAAAACCAGACCUGCCUCGCCCCCUCGCCCUUAAAGUUGAGCCGGUUAGGUCAAGUAGAAUGCGUUGAGCUCCCUCAGUAUCAGAACUUGUGUGGGGAACUCUUCACUUUUGACCUAACUAAAACCAGACCCACCUUGCCCUUACAGUUCAGCCGGUUAGGUCAAGUAGAAUGCGUUGGGCUCCCUCAGUAUCAGAACUUGUGUGGGGAACUCUUCACUUUUGGCCUAACUAAAACCAGACCCACCUUGCCCUUACAGUUCAGCCGGUUAGGUCAAGUAGAAUGCGUUGGGCUCCCUCAGUAUCAGAGCUUGUGUGGGGAACUCUUCACUUUUGGCCUAAUCAAAACCAGACCUGCCUCGCCCCCUCGCCCUUAGAGUUGAGCCGGUUAGGUCAAGUAGAAUGCGUUGAGCUCCCUCAGUAUCAGAACUUGUGUGGGGAACUCUUCACUUUUGACCUAACUAAAACCAGACCCGCCUCGCUUUUAGAGUUCAGCCGGUUAGGUCAAGUAGAAUGCGUUGGGCUCCCUCAGUAUCAGAGCUUGUGUGGGGAACUCUUCACUUUUGGCCUGACCAAAACCAGACCCGCCUCGCCCUUAGAGUUCAGCUGGUUAGGUCGAGUAGAAUGCGUUGGGCUCCCUCAGUAUCAGAACUUGUGUGGGGAACUCUUCACUUUUGACCUAACUAAAACCAAACCCGCCUCGCCUUUAGAGUUGAGCCGGUUAGGUCAAGUAGAAUGCGUUGGGCUCCCUCAGUAUCAGAACUUGUGUGGGGAACUCUUCACUUUUGGCCUAACUAAAACCAGACCCACCUUGCCCUUACAGUUCAGCCGGUUAGGUCAAGUAGAAUGCGUUGGGCUCCCUCAGUAUCAGAGCUUGUGUGGGGAACUCUUCACUUUUGGCCUAACCAAAACCAGCCCUACCUCGCCCUUAGAGUUCAGCCGGUUAGGUCGAGUAGAAUGCGUUGGGCUCCCUCAGUAUCAGAACUUGUGUGGGGAACUCUUCACUUUUGACCUAACUAAAACCAAACCCGCCUCGUCCUUAGAGUUCAGCCGGUUAGGUCAAGUAGAAUGCGUUGGGCUCCCUCAGUAUCAGAACUUGUGUGGGGAACUCUUCACUUUUGGCCUAACUAAAACCAGACCCACCUUGCCCUUACAGUUCAGCCGGUUAGGUCAAGUAGAAUGCGUUGGGCUCCCUCAGUAUCAGAGCUUGUGUGGGGAACUCUUCACUUUUGGCCUAAUCAAAACCAGACCUGCCUCGCCCCCUUGCCCUUAGAGUUGAGCCGGUUAGGUCAAGUAGAAUGCGUUGAGCUCCCUCAGUAUCAGAACUUGUGUGGGGAACUCUUCACUUUUGACCUAACUAAAACCAGACCCGCCUCGCUUUUAGAGUUCAGCCGGUUAGGUCAAGUAGAAUGCGUUGGGCUCCCUCAGUAUCAGAGUUUGUGUGGGGAACUCUUCACUUUUGGCCUAACCAAAACCAGCCUGCCUCGCCCUUAGAGUUCAGCCGGUUAGGUCGAGUAGAAUGCGUUGGGCUCCCUCAGUAUCAGAACUUGUGUGGGGAACUCUUCACUUUUGACCUAACUAAAACCAAACCCGCCUCGUCCUUAGAGUUCAGCCGGUUAGGUCAAGUAGAAUGCGUUGGGCUCCCUCAGUAUCAGAACUUGUGUGGGGAACUCUUCACCGUUGGCCUAAUCAAAACCAGACCUGUCUUGCCCUUAGAGUUCAACUGAUUAGGACUUUUCACUUUUGGCCUAACCAAAACUGAUUCUGCCUUGCCCUUAGAGUUUAGUCGGUUAGGUCAAGUAGAAUGCAUGCAAUUCUAGUGGAAUGUUCUUAUAGAAAAUUAAAGUUUGCUGAGUUUGAGAUUGUAUAUGGAAAUAAAUGUCUGUUUUCCCUUUAAAUUGUUAUGAAAUUGCAUUUCUUUUUUAUUUGAGUCAAAUUCUUAUUUUGACUCUUGAAAAUGUUCUUACUUCAUGUUUUUGUAAUGUUGAAUGAGUGAAACAAUGUUAGGGUCUGAAAUCUUGGAGAAACGUUGGGAUGAGGAUUUAGGAAUUAAUUCCUCUUUCUUUGAAGAAUCUGAAUCUAU